UCAGAAAGGCCGACCAUAGAAGACUAGGUAUGGAAAAUGGGCUGAACUACAUAUUAGACUAAAAAAACAACAAAGGCCAUUCUGCCUAAUAAAGCAAUGGAUAAAGAAAAUGGGGACGGUGGGAAUGAUGGUGGUUCGUCCACAAGUAAGUUGCCUACACCUGAUCCCAGUGCUCUUUUGGACGCGGCUAGCUUAUUUGCUUAUUGGCCACGUGAUACAGCAUCAUUAUUUCCUUCACCGUUUCCUCCCACCUUAGGACCACCAGGUGCUGGUUUUCCACCACCUGGUCUCCUUGGUACACCUCCCCAUUCAUUGUCUACUUCGUCAUCCUCAAGCAGUGCUAAUCUAAUGACAUCACCAAGUCAAGCGCGUGGAGGUGGUGGAAAUUCUGGUUUAACAUCAUCCAGUAGCGGACGAAGUGGGAGUUCCGCUAGCGUUUCCAGUGCAUAUUCACAUCCAUCAUUGGGACAAGGCGUUUAUAGUAAUACGUUAAGUGUUGCAGCAAGUCAAGCUGCAAGCUUAGGUCUAAAUCCAGCUGCUAGUGCGGCAUGGUGGUCAAUGGCAUCUCAUUUAGCUGCACAAGAUUACCUUGCCCGAUUACAAGCAUCUGGUUUAAAUUUUCCGUCAUUAGGCAAUCCUGAUUUAGGUUAUCCAGGUUUAGGUUUACCAAGUUUAUCGCAUUCUCAUAAAAAAUCUAGCUCAAAAUCAUCGAAUUCAUUAAAAAAUAGUGGCAGUUCAUCAAAACCUAAAAACAGUUCCGCGACUAGUUUAAGUUUACAAGCCGGGGCUAAAUUAGAUCCAUCAAAUUUAAGUUACACAUCAAAAACUGGUCAAAAAUUAAAUCCUAGUCUAACUAUACAACCAACAACUAAGUCAUCAUCGUUGACACCGAAAAAUAUUGGAAAAAGUUUAAGUAAAAAUGAUAAAAAUAGUUAUGGAAAACCAAGUUCCUCGUCUUCAUCAUCAGUACCAAUGUCCAGUAGUAUGUCUAAAUCUUCUGGUGGAAGUAUGACAUCAAUGGGACUGGUUACUUCCAAAGUGCCACCACAGGGUCAACCUGUAUCUUCUUCUAUUUUUACCUCUCCUUUAAGUUUAGCAACGGCUUCGAAUACGGGUAAUGAUAAGUUAAGUGGGAGCACAUUAACAACACAAUCUUUGGUGAAUAGCUCCAUUGCCACAGGAAUACCUGCAAGUAUUUUAAGUGCUGCAUUGGAGGGAAGUGAUCCGAGUUCAAUCCUGGGAGGUGUUCGAUUGCCGCCCGAUACGGAAAUAAUUAAGUAUACGUCUUCAAUUGUCGGUCCGAAAGUACCAGGUACAACCAAUCGUGGCAGAAAAAAAACGAUCUCUUUAGAUCCACCUUCUGUCUCUGUUGUAGCAUCUCACUCCAGUACGGGGAUGUUAAUUGACCGGGGUGGAAAAAGGCUUAAGCCACAGACUGAACCACAAGACUUUUCAAAUCCUACACUUUCCACAAAUGAUAGAGUUGAGGUCAUAAAGCUGCCAGCAACAACCAAUGGGAGUCCAUCCGGUAUCACAAUCCCAUCGUAUGGUGGUGGCGGAGGUAGCGGAGUAGGAGGAGGAUCUGAUUCAAAUUGUGAUGCACCUUUAAAUUUAUCAAUGAAACCAUCAUCGUCGUCGUCAUCAUCGUCAGCACAAAGUUCAUUAAGUUCAUUAAGUAAUAUGUCUGCAAACUUAGGAAUAACACCGCCACAACAACCUCAACAUCAAAGUGAUCGAAUUUCACGACGUAAACCUGGUCCAAGACCUCGCCGAGUAAUCCCAUCAAAUUUAACAAUAUCAAGUUCUGUACCAACAAGUAUUCCUUCAACUCCAUCCCCAUCACUAGCCCAAUUAUUUGCAGCUGCUGAUUCACCACGACCUUCAAGUGGAUCAGCCGAAGAAAACGAUAAUAAUAAUUCUAAUAAUAGUAACAAUAAUAAUAAUAAUUCAAGAAGUGGUAAUGCAGGUGAUAGUAUAAAUAAUAUGACAGAAAAACAAAAAGAUAGUCGUCCUAGAAAUUUAGGCAGAGGUGUUUCGAAACCGAAGAAAAACACUGUUGCAUCGUUACUAGCACAGAGUAGAGCUUUAGGAAUCAAACCAAUGCCCAUAUUAGAUCCUAAUACGUCAAUAAAUCAACAAAUGUCUUUACUUAAAUCUAAUAUUUUAGCUGCACAGCAGCUUAUGGCUGAAUCUGGGGAUGAAAAACAAUUGGAAAAAUUAAAAGGUGCUUUAAGUGAUUCAAGCAAUAUGGAAGUAUCAACAGAUUCAGAGAACUUAUCUGAUUCAAACUUAACUGAUUCCGAUGGUGAAAUGGACAAUGGUCCAAAUGCCAAAAAGAAAAAAUAUUACGACGAAACGGAAUUACGUAUUCCAUUAGAAAAAGGUUGGAAGCGUGAAACAAUUAUACGUGGUUUAAGUAAAAAUGGUGGUAUUAAAGGUGAUGUUUAUUAUAUUCCACCUGAAUCAAAAGGAAAAUUACGACAAAUUUCCGAAAUUAUUCAGUAUUUGGAAUCCAAUAAUGUAACAGAGUUAACGCGAGACAAUUUCACAUUCAGUACACGUCCAAUAAUUGGUGAUUUUUUACAACCAGCACCGUCUGAAUUGGCAAAUGAUGGUGAAUUUAUUCGAAUGUCUGAUGAGGAUGUUGCAAAAAGAUUAGAAGAUUUACGUGCAUUAACUAAACAACAAUUACUAAAAUCAACAAUAACUGUUGAUCAGCGUAUACAAUUAGCAAAACAGCAACAAGCAAUACGUGAAGCAAAACGACAUGCACGUAUAUCAAACGAAACAAAUUCAUCGUUAGCAGCAGCCGCUGCUGCCCUUGCUGCUAAUGCAACAUCAAUCACAGCAACCGUUAGUAAUUGGGAUGGAAGUGCAACAACUAUUACAGCCCAAUCAUCAUCCUCUUCUUCAUCCAGUUCCACUCAAUCGAAUCAACAGAAUCAAUCAAAUAAAAUCCGUAGCGAUCAUGUAACUAGUGGAUCAACAUCAUCAUCAAAUCGAAAAUCAACACCAGCUGAGCGAGCUGAGAAACAGGAAGCUGCACGACGUGAUCGUGAAAUGCGUAAUCAACAAAUGCUUGAGGGACGUAAAAGAUUAGCAUUCACACUUGAACAAAAAAUGCAAAUAAUAUCGGAAAUCGAGGCCGGUAAAACGAAAAGCGAUGUAUCCCGUGCUCUGGGAUUGGCUAGCUCAACAGUAGCAACCAUUUGGAAAAAUCGCGACAACAUCUUAACUGCAUAUGGUUGCAACGAGCAGUCAUCCCAAGGGGAUCAUUGGGGUGGUGAUCAUAAUAAUACAACACCCCAACAGUCUGAUAAAACAACUAUAAUCGAUUUAGCGAAUUCAUCACAGAAAAAAUUUAAUUCAUCUUUGGCGGAAAGUUCUUUGCCAUGUUCAGAUAGUAUUAUGGCGCGACGCAAGCGUCAAGAGGAACUUGAAAAACUACGACAUGAAGAACAACAACGAAAAAUACAGGAACGUGAAAUGAAGCGACAACAAGCUGCCUUAUUAAAAGAACAGAUAUACAUGCAGGAGUUGAAUAAACAACGUGAAAUGCUCUACACUGUUGAAUUGGAAAGAGAACGUCGAAGACAGCAUAUGGCACUAGUCAAAUCAUUAGAAGCACGUAAGCGUUUAGAAGAACGUGAACGUAAAAAGCAACAAGCGUUAUUAGAAAAGCAAGCAACAAAGGAACGUCGAUUAGAACAACGGCGUCAAGAAAUGGAAAUAUUAGCUGAAUUACGAAAACCAUGCGAUGAUAUGGAAUUAAGUUGUACAGAAAACAGUCAACUACCACGGUAUGACCGAAUAGCUGGUCUAAAAUUAUGCGGUCAAGCAUUUGCCGAUCUCAUAAUGGUGUUUGAAUUUUUACAUAACUUCGGUGAAACAUUAGGAUUUGAUAUGGAUUCAUUACCAACAUUAAAUUCAAUGCAGUCAGCAUUGUUGAAUUUAUCGAUUGAGGCUGAAGAAGAAUUAUUGUCGGUGAUGACACAUCUUCUGGUAUGUGCCAUAGAAGAUCCUGGUAUUCCUAAUCCAGCCCGUCAUACAACUAUUUUGGGCCAAUCAUUACGACAAGCCGAUAUUACGCAUGCUAAUAUUAGUGAAGUAUUGCGCAUUUAUUUAUAUGCUAAUGCAACUGGAGAAGUUAAAGCUCUAACAGGUAUUCAUUUUGAAAGGGAGCAUAAUAAACGUUUGAAUGAUCAUCAUCAGAGUACAACUGAUAUUCCAACAUCAUCGGCUAAAAAUGCCACUUAUUUCGAAUUAUUACACGAAAAUGCAACAUGGAAAAUGGCUGAUAGCUUGAAGGAUAAACCUUUCCUGUCUUUAAAUCCAACUGAAAAAGCUGCUAUCCUCGCAUUUUUAUGUAAUGAAUUGUUACAAAACAAAGCUGUAUGUCGACAGAUUGAAGGUAGUUUAGAUCAUGUCUCUCAGCUUCGUAAAGAACGGUGGUUACUCGAUGCUAAAAUCAGGAAAUUAAAAAUGCUUCAUAGUCGAAAGAUUCGUUGUGAAGCUGCAGAAAAACUUCAAGCAGCUCAAUUAGCUAAUGCUGCUGCUGCUCCAUCACCAGCCGCUGGAUCUUCAGGUGGAGAUGGUGGUGGAAGUGAAGCACCUACACCAACACCAACUGUUGCUAGUUCACCACAUCAUAAAGAUGACGAAGAAGAAGAAUUAAGUGACAGUGAAAGUGUAGCUACACAACCAGAAGAGGAAGAGGAUAAAAAAUUAUCUGGUGAAGAAUUAUCGAAAAAAUUGGAUAAAUUACUGAAAGCAUCUGAAGUUCAAUUACAAUCACUGAAUGCAUCCUCUCAUCAAUUACGUGCGACUUGUUACGGACAAGACAGAUAUUGGAGACGUUAUUGGUGUCUUCCAAAAGCUGGUGGUAUAUUCGUUGAAGGCAUGGAAUCAGCACAACCUGACAUCUUUGAAAAGCAUAAUCAAAUGAACGAUACGGAAGACGAUCGUACAACGGCUGCAAGUACUCCUGCUGACUUCGAAAUGGAUACAUCAAUAAAUGGAAUGGAUAAAGAUGAGAAUUCGAAAAUUCCAAAUAUCGAUUUUAAACCAAUCAAAGCUGAAUUACCAACAGAAUUAAUAAAUGGUCCAACAGAUGUUAAGGAACCAGAAAAAAUCUCAGCAGCGUCCCUGCUAAUAAAUCACGUGGAUCACAAAGAUAAAGAAUUGAAUCAUUCAAACGCCGAUAGCGAAACACCAUUUAUUAAAAACGAAGAUAAAGAAUUUAAACCGAAAAUAACUAUCCCCGAUAUAAAAUCAUUCAUGAAAAAGGAAAUUUCUUGUAAAGAUGAAAUUAAAUCGGAAAUCAAAAACGAGAAUAUUAAAGAAGAAAAUAUUGAGACUUUGAUCAAAAAUCAAUUAGAUAUUGAGGAAUGUAUUCCCAGUUCAUAUUUAGUGAAUUCUGGUAAUAUAGGUAAUUUAUUUAAAAAUCUUGGUGAAUGCAUGGAAAAACAAAAUUCGGGAAGUUUAAUAAUCGAUACGAGCUCAUCUUCUUUAAAAAUUCCAGAUGGUGUUGUAUCUAUUGAAUGUAAACCAAAAGAUCCAAAUACUCCUACAACACCUAAUACUAAUCCUGUUCAGGAACAACAGCCUCCACAAACUCCACAAAAAUCAUCAACUCCCAAACCAUCCACACCAAGUAUUAUGGAAGUUGACGAAUCAAAAGACGCAGAAAACAAUAAUCGAUGGUUUAGUAUUUUAACAAAUAAGGAGGGAACAUGUGAAGGUGUGUCAUUAACAUCGGGUAAUAAAUGGGACAUGCCUGGAUUAACAAUGUCCCAAAAAGAUAUUAAUACUAGCUCUGAAUUAAAAAUUCCUGUAUUUCCACACCCAAAUAAUAAUUUUAAUACUCAUACGAAUUGUGAUAGUCCGGGUCCAUUACAAAUGACCCAAGAGGAAAGUAUUCUAUUAGAAUAUAUUAAGCAACAUGGUUUACCGAAAAAAGUGGAAUUAGCUUCGGUGCCUAAAGAUUUACGUUAUGGUUGGUGGCGUAUAAAAGAUACUGAGCAAUUACAGAAGGUUUUGGAUAAGUUACAAGCACGGGGUAUACGUGAGAAGGAGUUAAAACGAACAAUUCAGUCAACGAUGCAAGUCAUGUAUGAAACAGCUGGCAAGUUGCAGAUUGAAACUGGAGACGUCCAUGCUACAGAAAUGACAGUCACCGAAUUAGACGAUUUUAUAGCUGAAACUGGGUAUCCUAUUCCCGAUAACGGUGAAUGGAGUAAAAACGUUGCUGAUAGAAUUGAUGCUCAACUUUUGGAACAAGUUGAAGCAUUAGAAGAUAAAGUUGCUAAUGCUAGUAUGCAAAUUAAAGGUUGGAGAGUGCCAUCACGUGAUGAUGAAAUUGUGUUCCAAGGAAUGCAUCCAGUAGAAGUUGCUAAACAACGAUUAUUAUCGUUGGAAGCAGCCAUUGAAAGGCGUUACUUGAAACCACCGUUAGGUGUAUGUACUGGAGAUCCAAAUAUUGCGGCGAUUACAAAUCAAGAAUCAAAAGAAAAUAAUAAUUCGCAACAACAAACUUCACAACAACAAACUCCUUCAGAGAAUACGGAAAAUAGUCUGUCAGAUUCGAUUUCAUCCCUCAAUCAAAUAUCGGAUCAAAAUUUAAACAAUAAUAAUUCAUCAUGUCCUACACCACCAAAUGCUCCUGGUACACCAGCAUCCUCGAAUAGCAAUAAUAAUACAGUUGAUUCACCUUCAGAAUCCAAAUCAUCAGAUCAUACACCCAAAGAUAACAUACCAAAAGGAUUAACAACAUGGAGGGAAGCGGUUGGACGGUCACAAACGACAUCGCAACUAGCAAUGGCAUUAUACAUGUUGGAGUCCUCAAUUGCGUGGGAUAAGUCGAUCAUGAAAGCUAAUUGUCAAUUUUGUCAUAGUGGAGACAAUGAAGAUAAACUCUUAUUAUGUGAUGGUUGUGAUAAAGGUUAUCACACUUAUUGUUUUAAACCAAAAAUGGAACAAAUUCCUGAUGGAGAUUGGUAUUGUUUUGAAUGUCGAAAUAAAGCUACGGGUGAGCGAAAUUGUAUAGUUUGUGGCAAGAAACAAUCAUCAACCAAAUUAGUUAUUUGUGAUAUGUGUCCGAGAGCGUAUCAUCAAGAUUGUUUACAACCACCAUUAACCAAAGUUCCACGUGGUAAAUGGUAUUGUCCAACAUGCCAUUCAAAACAACCAAAAAAACGAACACAUGUUCGUAAAACAGCAAAAUCACAGAACACAUCCGCAACAAACGUUACAACAACGACAACAUCGUCAACGCGUGACAGUGAAAGUUCUGAUCAUCCACCACCAAGCCCUGCAUUAUCGCAUUCAUCAAUUGCAACUGAUGAUGGUCACAAAAUGGAAACAUCGGUGACCCAACAAUCGCCAUUAAUACAUUGUGCACCGACUCCAAGUACACCAAUUAAUAUUCAACCAGUAAAUCAAUCAACUCCAAUCAGCAAUAGCAACGCUCUAUUAUCAGAAACGCCAAGUUCUUCGCAACAACCUCAGCAACAGCAACAAUCGUCUUUACAAUCGUCCUCACAAUCUCAAUCCCAACAAAUGUUUAAUAUUUCAAAUGUUACAACGCCUUCAACUUCCACAUCACAACAGAAUAUUCCAGUGAAUUCUUCAGCAACUACAACGCCAACAAAUACACCAACUGUUGCUGAGAAGAAAAAAGAACGAAUUUCGAAAAAAUUAUUAAAAGAAUUGGCACCAUGUAAAUCCUUAUUGGAAGAUUUGGAAACACAUGAUGACGCUUGGCCAUUUUUAUUACCUGUUAAUACGAAACAAUUUCCAACAUAUAAGAAAAUUAUUAAAAAUCCAAUGGAUUUGUCCACAAUUAAAAAGAGAUUAAAUGACGCUUACUAUAAAAGUAAGGAAGAUUUUCGUGCAGAUGUUCGACAAAUGUUCAAUAAUUGUGAAACAUUUAAUGAAGAUGAUAGUCCUGUCGGUAAAGCAGGGCAUAGUAUGCGUCAAUUUUUCGAAGCACGUUGGGCAGAACUUUGAGUACAUGGAUUAAACUAAACAAACUCAAAUUUGAGUAUAAUAAGCACAAGCAAUAAUUGAUAAAAAAAGGAAUCUUAAAAGUUUUUAUUUAAAAAAAAAAAAAAAACAUUAAUUAAUUUUGCAAAUUAAUGAUCGUUUUGUCAAAUUAAAAUUUAAUUUUUAUAGCUACUACCCCUUUAAUAAUUACUUCAAAACAUAAUACGCUUUAUUUUAUUAGUAAAUAAACCAAAAUGGAGAAAAAUGUAGAAAUCUCAAAGAAAGAACGGAAUAAGAAAUCGAGUGAAAAAAUAAACUAUAAAAAAAUACUGUAUAAAGUUUAUAAAUUUAAAACAAAAAAUCUUAAAUACAGGUAUUUGUGUAACUUAAAGUGAUAUUAUAGACUUUAAAACAAAAACAAAAAGCUUUUUAGUUAGUAACCGUAAGCCGUCAAAGCACGUAAUAAACUUAUGAACUGAUAACUAAAAUUAGUUGUAUAAACAAACAAAAAAAUACUUAUUUAA